AUAAGGAAGGACAUAAUUUUUCUAUAUUCUGGGUGCUGGUGAGUGUUAUCCUAGGUGCAGUAGCCAUGCUGUGCAAAGAACAAGGAAUUACAAUACUGGGUUUGAAUGCAGUGUUUGAUGCACUGGUAAUUAACAAGCUAAAUGUGUUGGAGCUUAUUCAAAAGUUACUACAUAAAGACAAGUCGUCGGAGAAUGCUGGGCUGUUAAAAAGGGGGCUGCUUUUCAGGAUAACUCUUCUGAUCUCUGGAGGGGCCAGUAUACUUUAUAUACGCUGGAGGAUUAUGGGCACAGGGCCACCGGCUUUCACUGAAGUAGACAACCCAGCUUCAUUUGCAGACAGUCUGUUUGUGAGAGCUAUAAACUAUAAUUACUACUAUUCAUUGAAUGCAUGGUUGCUGUUGUGUCCCUGGUGGCUGUGUUUUGAUUGGUCAAUGGGCUGCAUACCCCUCAUUAAAUCCGUCAGCGACUGGAGGAUAAUUGCACUAGCAGCACUUUGGUUCUGCCUAAUUGGUCUGAUAUGCCAAGCUCUGUGCUCAGAAGACAGCCAUAAGAGAAGAAUUCUUACACUGGGACUUGGAUUUCUUAUUAUCCCUUUUCUUCCUGCAAGUAACCUGUUCUUCCGAGUAGGAUUUGUUAUUGCAGAGAGAGUCAUCUACCUCCCCAGUAUCGGAUAUUGUAUUUUGUUUACAUAUGGAUUUAGUCUCUUGAGUAAGCAAGCCAAGAAAAAAAAAAAUCUUGCUGUGGCAGUACUUGGAAUCUUGUUGAUAAAUGUAAUGCGCUGUGCACUCCGCAGCAGUCAGUGGAGGUCAGAAGAACAGCUUUUUAGGAGUGCACUGUCCGUGUGCCCUCUGAAUGCAAAAGUGCACUAUAAUGUUGGCAAAAACCUGGCUGACAAAGGAAAUCAAAGUGCUGCAAUCAAAUACUACAGAGAAGCUGUAAGGUUGAAUCCUAAAUACGUACACGCCAUGAACAACCUUGGAAAUAUUCUGAAAGAAAGAAAUGAGCUCCAAGAAGCAGAGGAGUUGCUGUCCUUAGCUGUACAAAUACAACCUGAUUUUGCUGCUGCAUGGAUGAAUCUAGGAAUAGUACAGAACAGUUUAAGAAGGUUUGAAGAGGCAGAGCAAAGCUACUGGACAGCAAUUAAACACAGGAAAAAAUAUCCAGAUUGUUACUACAAUUUAGGGCGGUUGUAUGCAGAUUUGAAUCGCCAUAUAGAUGCAUUGAAUGCAUGGAGGAAUGCUACAGUUCUGAAACCAGAGCAUAGUUUGGCUUGGAACAAUAUGAUUAUACUGCUUGAUAACACAGGCAAUCUAGCUCAAGCAGAAGCAGUUGGAAGAGAGGCCCUGGAACUAAUACCUAAUGAUCAUUCCCUUAUGUUUUCAUUGGCAAACGUACUGGGGAAAUCGCAAAAAUAUAAG